CUUCAGGUUUGAGACCGCAAACCUCAAGGACAAAGAGAGAAGAGCAGGAGAGGAUCGAAGAAAGGAGAUUCUCGAGGCAUUCUUGAAAGGCGGGAGAGAAAUCUGAGAGUGAGGACUCAUCAACAACAGCCCAACUCCAACUACUCACCAUGAUCUACUGCAUAACCGCAAGAGAUGGGACUUUAGCAGGGUAGAAACUAUGCAAGGAAACGGAUUCCAUGCUUGGCUCGUAAGGAUGAUGGCGUCUAUGGAGACCAAAAAGAUGUAGCUACUGCACCCCACGCCGAGGCAUGCAUUUGGAAACACGAAACAUACUAGAGCUAUGCUAUGCUAUGCUGUCUAACAUCAGCUGCAGUGUCCGCGAUUUUGUCCCCUUUCGGACUCAGCGUCGUAUCAGCCUCACGAGCUCACAGCCUCGUGUCAUUCCAUCUAGCCCUAGAUUUUCUUUUUCAUUACCUGGACGAAAACUCUUCCCCAUGCGUUCAUGCCAAGAAAUUGCAAGAAACGUCAGCUAACCACUCGUACCGUGUUUCUCGUAUGGAGUUCUUCUGCAUAGUCUGGAAGGAAUGGCAAGCCGCUGUCAGCUCUGUACAUUGGAGUCUGCCGUGCCGACUUCGCAAUUUACUGCAUGCAAAUCAGAGGAAGAAAAGUUUUCAAGCUUUCCUUGGCAUAGCAUAUCAGCCUUGCAUGCUUACUGUGCCUGGCAUGCAUGUUGAAAAAGCAAGCAAAAGGAUGAGACAUAUCAUUUUGCAGAGUAAUGGGUGGCUGCAUAGAGGCGCAGCUUUGGAAACAGAGUUUUUCGUCUCGAAUGUUGGAGAAAGGGAUGCGAGAGAGCUGAUUCGAGAGCACCGAAGGAUGGGGGUUACCGCAGGAUGCAGAGUCCCGUGAUCUAUUUCAGGACUUGGCGGGAGAUUCGACGAAAUUCUCCGAGAACCAGAGCAAAAAAGCAAAAAGCCUUUUUCUCGAGGACGAAGGCAUGAGGCAUGAGGCAUGAGAUCGAGAGAACAUCGCAGGGUGAUGCUGACGAGCCAAGCUUCGCGAAGCUUUCUGAUCGAUGCCCCUAAUUGAGACGAUCAGUGAUCCGCGGAGCUCCAGGAUUCCCGGCAAAGCUCUAGACCACGCUACGAAUA